AUGUCACGUGCCGGAGAAUCCGAGAACGGGAGCUCCUCCGGAUCAUCUUCCGAUAAGACGAUAAAGCUGUUCGGCUUCGAGCUCACCGGCGUCAAUAACGGUAAUAGCGGCAACGGUAACGGUAACGGUUCAACGGAGUUUGCGGAGAGUGCAAUCUCUCCCAACACGGCGUCGUUUUCUGGGAAACGAUUCGAGUGCCAAUAUUGCAGCAAAGAGUUUGCCAACUCUCAGGCCUUGGGGGGUCACCAAAAUGCUCACAAGAAGGAGAGGUUGAAGAAGAAGAAGCUUCAGCUUCAGGCGAGAAGAGCAAACGUCGGUUACUACCUCACCAACCCUACGUCGUCGUUUCAUCAUCAUCUUCUUCCUCAGAUCCACUACAAAACGCCGUCGUACUGCGGUUUCUCUGUCUUCGCCGAUGAAGACUGCUCCUCUCAGAUCAGUUUCAAGAACCCUUGUGAAGAUUCUGGUGGGGAUGCCGGGAAAUGGUACGGCGUUCAUCAGAACAACAACAUGAUUAGGUUUGAGCGAGAUUCGUCUUCGUCGUUGCCAAGUUCCAAGAGAAGCUGUAAGAGCCUUCAGCUUGGCUUGUCCGUACACGGACAACAUAGGGUUUAG